AUGGUGAAAAUUCGCAGAGGAUGGUACUUGAUAGACAUAAAGACGGAAGAGGAUGACAGAAGGAUAAAGGACGAGAAGGAAGCUGCAUUGGAGGCGAGACGAGCAUCGAUGGUAGAGCGAUGCGACAACAAAAUCGCACGACGUCGUUCGCAGGCCGAGCAACGAGAAGCCGUUUUGGCGGAGGAAUUAUCACGUGCCCGAGCAGCUGAUGAAGCGAAACAAGCAGAAAUUGAAUUGGCGGAUAGACUGGCUGCCGAAUUGUCGCGGCGUAAAAAUGAAAAAGUAAAACACGCGCUAAAAUUAGAUCGAGUAAAAUUUUCCGCGCGAUCACCACCGAGUUGUGUCCUGAGUGAAGCUCGAUCGCGCCUAAUAGAGGAGAAAGUUCGUCUGGAAGCGAGUCAAGCGGAACUAUCGAGGCUCUGGCACGACAAAACCGUUGAGAAGCUGCAACAAGCCGAAGAUGAAAGAAAGAAGCGGAGCUCGCGUGAUGAUCUGCAGAAUCAAUUGGCGGACGAUCGUCGACGAGUUCAACAAAGAAGAAUCGAGGAGAAAGAGCAGGAUCGUAAGAUGAUGGAACGAGCGAUACGGAAGACUCAGGAAGAAGAUGCAAAGAUGAGGAAGAGGAAGGAGAACGACGCGAUUCUUUUGAGAGCGGAGAUGGCCGCAUCUUUGGCGGCUAAGAAAGCGUGGGAAAGGAAAUAUAAGGAAGCGUUGAAGGACGAAGACGAGAGGAUUGCUCGCAUAAUCGCGGAGAAGGAAGCUCGACAGGAGAAAGAACUCGAUGUGAAGACAGAACUUCGUGCAGCGAGGGAAACGGCGAUAGAUAAUGUAGCCAGAGAACUGCUGACUAACGUGCGCAAAGAAAGAAAGAAGCAGGAAAUCGAUGACGAAUUGUAUCGGGAAGAACAGAGGAGCAAGUGGACGAAACAAUCGGUCAAAAUAUCAAGAAAGCAAUGUGCUGAAUCCUUCCAAGAAAUAGCGAAACAGAAAGCUGAACGUAAAGCGAGAGAUGAAGCGACCGAUGCCGCGUUUGCGCGAUAUUUAGCCGAAGAACGAAAAAAAGAGAUCAAGAGACAAAGAGAAGACAAUAACGCACGACACGCAAGAAAAAUUCAAUAUGGAAAGGAAUUAAAGGAAGCCAUAACAAAUAACAGAGUUACUUACGCUAUGGAUAUUUUGGAACGGCAGUCUGAAAAUCGUAUGCAUGAUAAAAAUUCAAAUCAGUUGACUGCAACGAACGCAAAACAGUCUAACGAUAGAAAUGAUAGUAACAUAAUAGUAAAAAAAAAAGAUGAUUGA